GGAAAAAAAAAAAACAAAACAAGAAGAGCUUCUGAAAGAAUCUAGUAACCAUUGAGAACAAUGGAAGAUACCUUUGAGACCAGCCCGUACCACAGCGUCCUCCCAGCCGCUCGCAGGGGCUGGGAACACGGGAAGCAGGCUGCUGUGUUCAGGUUUGUCACCAGGGGCGCCAGAGCAGACGUUUUCGGUCUGCGAAGGUUAUCUGUAGCCUGUUUGACGUUUGCCGCUGGGGUUUUUGGCCAAUUGAGGAUGAGAAUGGGGAAUGAAUAGGGAAUUGGCUCCACCCUCAGCCGAAGGAGUCCGCCUCCCUUGCCUGACCCCUGCGCAAGGCAUGCUGGUAGUCAUGGGCUGUGCGCAGGCCCACCGAGCUCAGGUUUAUUCCCGUGUUUUCUCUCAACUUCGGUACUUCCGGCAUAUCGGUGCCCCAGUGUGCGCUUCGGGAUCUUGGCCUGAUUGUCCCUGAGCCUAUAUAGAUGGACUAGAGCCUGGCCUUUCCCGCUGAGCCGUCUGAUUCACUCCGAGCUGGACAUGCACGGGAAGCUGCUGCUGCUGGCCGGCCUCUAUCUUGUGCAGGGUCUGCCCUACGGACUGCAGUCCAGCUUGCUGCCCAUUUUACUGCGGGCCCAUGGCCUCUCCCUGACACGUGUGGGCCUGACCAAGGGAUUGUAUGCACCAUGGCUGUUCAAACUGGCGUGGGCGCCACUGGUGGACAGGCGGGGCUCCCCUCGGGUCUGGUUAACACUCAGCACAGUGUCCCUGGGUCUGGUGUGUGGGCUGCUGGCCGUGUUCCCUCCCCCGCAAGCUGGCCAGACAGGGCUCCCCACCAUCAUGAUGGGGCUGCUACUGCUGCUCAAUCUGGGUGCAGCAGUGCAGGACGUAGCUCUGGACACGGUCGCUGUGCAGCUCCUGGAGGCAAAGGAGCUGGGGCCUGGCAACACGGUACAGGUGGUGGCGUACAAGCUGGGGUCAGCAUUGGCUGGGGGCGGGCUCUUGGUCCUCUUCCCCACCCUCUCUUGGCCACUGCUUUUUCUGCUCUUAGCUGCCACCUACUGGCUGGCUGCUGCCUUAGCCUGGGCUGCACCAGCCUUGGGACAGCUGCCUCGGCCUCAGGUCUCAGAACAAAACCCCCACACACCCUAUUUUCUACAAGAUUUGCUGGCUGUGCCUGGGACCCUUUGGACAGCAGGCUUUGUUCUCACCUACAAGCUGGGUGAGCAGGGUGCUGGCAGCCUGUUUCCACUACUCCUGUUGGACCGUGGUGUUUCUGCCUCAGACUUGGGGCUAUGGAGUGGCUUGGGUGCUAUGACCUGCUCCAUUGCUGGCUCCUCUCUAGGGGGAGCUCUACUGGCCAGGCACUGGCAGCCUCUCUCCCUGUUGAGGUCAGUGCUGCAGCUACGCCUUGGGAGUUUGGCCUGCCAGACGGCUCUGCUUUUCUACCUCAGUACCCCAGGGGCCAGUCUGGAGCCCGGUACAAUCAUGAGAGGGGCAGCUUUGCUGAGCCUGUGUCUACAGCAGUUUCUGGGUGGUGUGGUCACCACGGCCACAUUCACCGUGAUGAUGCACUGUAGCCAGUUGGCACCCAGGGCCCGGCAGGCCACACACUACAGCCUCUUGGCCACUCUGGAACUGCUGGGCAAGCUGCUACCGGGGACCCUGGCUGGAGUGCUGGCUGAUGGCCUGGGCCCACGCCUCUGCUUUGCUGCCUUCCUCGUACUCUCGGGUCUGCCCAUUCUGGGUCUCAGCCUGGCACCCAAUAACCUGACCUGAGCUGCCAUGUAUGGCCUGGAUGGCUGGAACACACGAGAUGUAGCCAUCCUCAAACUGAGGACUCUGUUGCCAGAAAGGACAUAAAAUUGCUUUUUAUUUGCACUUUGGUUUUGGCUAACGGUCAGUGAUGGCUACGUCAUUGCCUCACUAGCACACGAACCCGACACCCUCGGUGUAGCAG